GUCAGCGUUGGGGUCUCUGACCAAUGCGCUGACAUUGACAACCAAUGACUAACGAUGCGGUUGGUGAGGGAAGCUCCAACAGCUUCAAGUUUACCAAUUUUCUUCUUCAAAUACACUCUCACUCUCAUUCAACCUUCACAGCUCCACCACACCCAGUUAGCAGAUUAUUGCAGAGUAGUUCUAGUAUUCAGCUGCUGAUUGAGGAUGGGAACAGAAAGUGAGUGGCAUGUUGAACAAAGAUCUAGCUUCGGCUCUGAUACCCCCGUAACGAAAGAGGUGCCUGAAACUGGGUCACUCUCUAUUGUUGUGCUCGGUGCUUCUGGUGAUCUUGCUAAGAAGAAGACAUUUCCUGCACUUUUCCAUCUGUAUCUGCAGGGAUUCUUGCCACAGGACGAGGUUCAUAUUUUUGGCUAUGCAAGGACAAAAAUCUCUGAUGAUGACCUGAGAGAUCGACUGCGUGGCUAUCUUAUUCCAGAUAAAGAUGCUUCCCCCAAGCAGUUGGAGGAUGUAUCAAAGUUUUUACAACUGAUCAAAUAUGUAAGUGGCUCAUAUGAUUCUGGGGAUGGCUUCAUCUUAUUGGAUAAAGAGAUUUCAGAGCAUGAGUCUUCGAAAAACAGUAUAGAGGGUUCAUCUCGGAGGCUUUUCUAUCUUGCUCUUCCUCCUUCAGUGUAUCCAUCUGUUUGCAAGAUGAUCAGGACUUAUUGCAUGAAUAAAUCUGAUCUUGGUGGAUGGACACGUGUUGUUGUGGAGAAGCCUUUUGGUAAGGAUCUACAAUCUGCAGAAGAACUUAGUACUCAGAUUGGAGAGUUGUUUGAGGAGCCACAGAUUUAUCGCAUUGAUCAUUACUUGGGAAAGGAACUUGUGCAAAACUUGUUAGUACUUCGUUUUGCAAAUCGGUUACUUUUGCCUCUUUGGAACCGGGACAACAUUGACAAUGUACAGAUAGUUUUCAGGGAGGAUUUUGGAACUGAUGGUCGUGGUGGAUAUUUUGACCAAUAUGGAAUUAUUCGAGAUAUUAUUCAAAACCAUCUGCUGCAGGUUCUAUGCUUGGUUGCUAUGGAAAAACCAGUUUCUCUCAAGCCUGAGCACAUUCGAGAUGAGAAAGUGAAGGUUCUUGAAUCAGUACUUCCUAUUAGAGAUGAUGAGGUGGUUCUUGGACAGUACGACGGCUAUAAAGAUGACCCAACUGUACCUGACCAGUCAAACACUCCAACUUUUGCAACUGCUAUUCUGAGAAUUCACAAUGAAAGAUGGGAAGGUGUUCCUUUCAUAUUGAAAGCAGGGAAGGCCCUAAGUUCUAGAAAGGCAGAGAUACGGAUUCAAUUCAAGGAUGUCCCUGGUGAUAUUUUCAGAUGUAAGAAGCAGGGGAGAAAUGAGCUUGUUAUCCGCCUACAACCUUUAGAAGCUAUUUACAUGAAGCUUACGGUGAAGCAACCUGGACUGGAAAUGUCUACAGUUCAAAGUGAACUAGACUUGUCAUACAAGCAACGGUAUCAAGGGAUGAUCAUUCCGGAGGCUUAUGAGCGUCUAAUUCUCGACACAAUUAGAGGUGAUCAACAACAUUUUGUACGCAGAGAUGAAUUGAAGGCAUCCUGGAAGAUCUUCACCCCACUUUUGCACAAGAUUGACAGGGGAGAGUUCAAGCCAAUCCCUUACAAACCAGGAAGUAGAGGUCCUGCAGAAGCAGAUCAAUUACUGGAAAAAGCUGGUUAUGUCCAAACACAUGGUUAUAUAUGGAUCCCUCCCACCUUGUAGAGUGACCAAAUAUAUUCACAUGAAGAUAUUUAGAUGCUUAUAAAUAAUACACAAUAAGCUUGUGGAGGUUCCCCCAGAACCUUUCCUUAUGAGUGUGUCUCAAGCAUUUCAGCUUAUAGAUAUAGAUUUGCCUCUUCUGAAUGCAAAAUAAAUGGAAAGUGAAGUUCAACUAA